AUGGCCGCCCUGUUUUGCCCACGACCGGCAACGGCAUGUCUUCGCUCCUUUCCACGCGCCGCCUCGCCCGUCAUCGCCAGCGUCUCCUUCAGCAGACAGAUCACACGAUCAUCGAGACUGGAAGAAAAGAGUCGGGGAAUUGCAAAUCUGGCGCUUCGAGAGAACAUUUGGACCUCCAAACAAGGUGGAUCAUCAACAGUGCGACAACACAGAUCGAUGCAGAUCCGUCAUGCAUCGACAGUAGAGACCACAACGCCUACACCUCCAACUCCAAAUCAAACUCCAUCAGCCGCCGAUGAACUGCUUACCUGGGAUCGAUUCUUCAAGCUUCGACGGACACGACGAUGGAUCAAUGCUGGUUGCUCUAUCGUCACAGCCGUGGCUUCUGUUGGCAUCUUCGCGCCAGUUCUCGCCCAGCAAGACUUUGACGUCUGGGGUGCUCAGAUUAGCGGUCUUGACCCAGUCAUCGUCAUUGGAAUAUCCACAUUUGGCAUUGCUGCGCUAGGGUGGCUCAUGGGUCCCACGGUUGGUAAUGGCGGUUUCCGCAUCUGGGCGGGAAGGAGGGGAUGGACGAAGGAGAUCGCGAGCAAAGAGAAGAGCUUCUACGCGCGAAUCAAGAAGUACCGUGCGGAUGCCAGUUCGAGCAGUCCACAGAACCCAAUCCCUGACUACUACGGAGAGAAGGUCGCAAGCGUGAAGGAUUACAGACGGUGGUUGAAGGAUCAGCGAGCGUUCAAUUUGAAGAAGAACAAGAACAUGAUCUGA